AUGUCGACGACGGGGAUUCAUCGACUUCUGAAGUCGCACUAUGGGCAGGUAAUGGCGCCGGUUGGCAGCGACUCGUGGGAGGAGAAGGCAUUUGCAGAGGAUUUCGGGUGCGUGUGGCCACCGAGGUCUUACUCGUGCAGCUUCUGCAAUAGGGAGUUCAGGUCUGCUCAAGCUUUAGGGGGCCACAUGAAUGUGCACCGGAGAGAUAGGGCGAGGCUCAAACAGUCAGCUCUCCGCAAUCAAAGCGAUGAAAUCCCGAGCCAGAAUUCGAACGCGGGUCUUCCUUGUACCCUUCUUCCCUAUCAGCUCCAAUCCGAUGUUUCAUGUUUGGAUCAGGAAAAUGACCUCAAUUCAAAGCCUAGCAACUAUUUCACACAGUCCCUUUCAUCUAGGGUUUUAAGGUUAUCAUCAUCGGAUAAAAAGCUAACUCGUACUGAAGAGUUGGCCUACUCUCCUUAUUAUUCUGUCUUUGUCAAGGAAGGGCGAAAGCCUUUUGGCAACGGCUCUUUACUCAAUCCGGCAACUGUGAAGGUCCGCUGUUCAUCAGACAAAAAUUGGCUCGAGGUGCAAAAAAGUUUAAGGGGGGACAAGCACGAGUGUUUAGAUGGUUCAUCCAGUGUGACCGAUUUAUCUGUGGGGUUGAGUUCUAACUUAGGCCGCCGUCCACCAGCGACUGGUUCUUGCAGCGAUGAAGCGAUCAAUAUCAAAAGGCCGAAAACAACGGAGUCAUCUUGGCUGACUGUGCCUGAUCCGUGUUCAUCUACUGGUGGCUAUACUCUGAAAUCAGAUGUGCAAAUUGGGCUCAAGAUCAGCUCCAUGGAGGAAUUGGACCUUGAGCUCAGACUUGGUGAUCCUCCAAAGGUGAAAUAG